UUGGCUUCACGUGGGUUGAUAGUGGAAGAUUGAUUACAUCGCCGGGAUUUGCCGUGGAGGCAUAGCACGCAGGCGGGCUGAGAUUUGCUCUCUUAACAGCUGGAAAAAGACAUUAUUAUCAUAUAUUUAAGUCAGUGUCUAAGUACUAUUUACUAAAUAACAUUUAGACAUUUUACGUCCCCCUAAGUAGUCGUGCCAGACUUGGACUUGGGUGUCGGGGAGCUCCUCCGCAGUGUUCCGUGGAUGUGUGGAGGUAGCACGCCGGGGAGUGGGUUGGGUCGCCCGGGUGCCUGGCACAGAUCCUCGGCGCUCAGACGCCAAAGGUGAGCGGAAGAAAAAAAACCCACAAAGAAGGUGUAGUGCUUGCGGAGGACGUCGUACGAGUGGAAGGCACCUUGUGUGGAUUUGUCAAGACAAGCUGAGCGGGAUUCGUCUUCCUUUUUCCGGGUCUGGAGGAGCCGUCGUCCAAACAGGAAGAGCGGACAUCGCUGGGGUGGCUCAGCCGGGCAAGGCACGAUGGCAACCGGUGUGCUCCUCGUCGCCUUCACGCUGCUUGCAGGUGCCGCCGUGGCCCAGAGAGUGGUGACGGUGCAGAGCGGGCCGCUCGUCCGGACCGAGGGCUCCCACGUGACCAUCUGGUGCAACGUGACGGGCUACAAAGACGGUGUGGAGCAGGACUUCGAGUGGUCCAUGUACCUGGCGUCCGCGGCGGACCGGGAGAUCCGCAUCGUGAGCACGGCCCAGCCCAACUACGCCUACGCCGUCUACGCCCAGAGGGUGAACAGCAAAGAUAUCUACGUGGAGAGGCUGAGUCGUGACUCGGCCUUGCUGCACAUCACCAAGGUGCAGGCCAAGGACCAGGGCCUGUUUGAGUGUUACACGCCCAACACGGACGGCCGCUACCUGGGCUCCUACAGUGCACGCACCAACCUCACCGGUGAGUCUCAAAAACUACAAAUGCUGCUCUGUUACCACAAAUGCUCACAUAUUUCCAACUAA